UGGAGGCGGACCCAGCUGCCAGCUGCCUCUCUUAAUUCCACUCAGCCCUUAGGUCCUUUGCCCUCACCUCUCUGAAGCAGCUGCGCCCUGCUCUCCCGGCCAUGAGGUGUCUGUGGCCCCUGGCUAUCUCUUUUGCUGUAGUGUUGGCUGUGGUGCUGAGUGAGGUCCCUGGGGCUGCCACCUUGUCUUUGGGUGGGCACAGAGCCAAGGUCCAGGAGCAGCGGAGUCGACCCCGAAGAGACACCAAGGACGAGGGGCCCAAGGAGGUACAACACUAUGUACCUGAGGAGUGGGCUGAGUACCCCAGGCCCAUCCAUCCUUCUGGCCUGCAGCCCACCACACCUCUGGUGGCAGCUAGCCCCAACCCAGACAAGGAUGGAACCACCCGAGGUAGUGGGCAAGAGCUGAGGGCCAACCUAACUGGGACACCAAGUCAAAGGCUGCAGAUUCAGAACCCCCUGUAUCCGGUGACUGAGAGCUCCUACAGUGCCUACGCUGUCAUGCUCCUGGCGCUGGUGGUGUUUGCUGUGGGUAUCGUAGGCAAUCUGUCUGUCAUGUGCAUUGUGUGGCACAGCUACUACUUGAAGAGUGCCUGGAACUCUAUCCUUGCCAGCCUGGCUCUCUGGGAUUUCUUGGUCCUCUUCUUCUGCCUCCCAAUUGUCAUCUUCAACGAGAUCACCAAGCAGAGGCUCCUCGGGGAUGUUUCUUGCCGGGCUGUGCCCUUCAUGGAGGUCUCCUCCCUGGGAGUCACGACCUUUAGUCUCUGUGCCCUGGGCAUAGACCGCUUCCAUGUGGCCACCAGCACCCUUCCAAAGGUGAGGCCCAUUGAGCGGUGCCAAUCAAUCCUGGCUAAACUGGCUGUCAUCUGGGUGGGCUCCAUGAUGCUGGCUAUGCCAGAACUCCUGCUGUGGCAGCUGUCGCAGGAGCCUGCUUCCACCAUGGGAACUGUAGACUCAUGUAUCAUGAAGCCUUCAUCCAACCUACCUGAAUCCCUCUACUCACUGGUGAUGACGUACCAGAAUGCUCGCAUGUGGUGGUAUUUCGGUUGCUACUUCUGUCUGCCCAUUCUCUUCACUGUCACCUGUCAGCUGGUGACAUGGCGGGUGCGGGGCCCACCAGGCAGGAAGCCUGAGUGUAGGGCAGGCAAGCAUGAGCAGUGUGAGAGCCAGCUCAACAGCACUGUGGUGGGCCUGACUGUGGUCUACGCUUUCUGUACGCUCCCCGAGAACGUCUGCAAUGUUGUGGUGGCCUACCUCUCCACUGAGCUCACUCGACAGACCCUGGACCUCCUGGGCCUCAUCAACCAGUUCUCCACCUUCUUCAAGGGAGCCAUUACCCCCGUGCUCCUCCUGUGCAUCUGCAGGCCACUGGGCCAGGCCUUUCUGGAUUGCUGCUGCUGCUGCUGCUGCGAGGAGUGUGGUGGGGCCUCGGACUCCUCGGCCACAGUCAGCGUGGACAGCAAGCGUAAGACCCAAGUGUCCUCCUCCAUCUACUUCCACAAGCCCAGGGAGUCACCCCCGCUCCUGCCCCUGGGCACACCUUGCUGAGUCUAUGGGGGCACGGGAGUGGGUGCCGAGCAGGUAGGCAGGGGAGCAGGUGGGCAGGGGAGCAGGUGCUGAGCAGGUGGGCAGGGUUGCCAUCCGAAAGCAAGACAGUCUGCUGAUUCUUUCCCACAGGUCUCACUUCGACCUCUCAUCUUGCUGUUUAGAGAUGGACUUGGCUCAUUUUGUCAGAGUUUGAGCCUUUCAAAGCCCCAAGUGCCAACAACGCCAUUCUUUUGCUCUGAGGGACCUGCCAGCCUUGCCCUUCCCAUUUGCAGGUGGAGAUCUGUGUAGGUCAUCAGAGUUGAAAUCUUAAUCUGGGUUUCCCAGAGCCAAGGCUUGGCCCUUGGCCUGCCUUCCCCUUGGUCUUGGAAUGUGACUAUAGGUUGGCUAAGCCCCUCUCUAAGCAUCAGUUCUCUACUCACACUUGGACCCCCAUUCUGGACCAGGGACUUCUGGGGGGGGGGGACACAACCUAACCAGGGUCAAUACUCCAUUCCCUAAGGUGGGUCUGUCUUAGCCCUGGAUGUCCCUUCCUUUUUCCCAGAGGGUUCUGCCUUCUGUCUUCCACUCUCUGAGGUACCUGAGUUGCAUUGUCCAACCCCUGCCUCCUGUUAGGUGCUCUCCUGUAGAAGGCCAUUCUGGAAAAACAAUAAAGUAGGUACCACAA